AUGGGCCACUGGUAGCCAUCAACCGACACACUCUCAGUCGCUCCGACUCGGGAACCAGGGCAUCAGCGGAGAUAGCAGGCUUUACUUCGGCGUCUUAGGCUAACUCGCUUUGGGCUUUGGUUCAGGAUGGAAACCUUUUCGACUUCUCGGAGCCGACGAUGCUCCAUUACGCGUAGCUGCAAAAGCGGUCUCUCGCUCUGGCUGGUGGUGUGGAUGGUCCUCGGCAAGCCGAGUCCGGCAUCGGGGUGCCCGCAUCACUGCGUGUGCUACCCGACGCCCAUGACUGUGAGCUGCCAGGCGCAGAACUUCACCGCCGUCCCGGUCGGAAUGCCCUAUGAGUCGCAGCGCGUGUUUCUCCAGAACAACCGGAUCACGGAGCUUAGAGUUGGCUCUUUUGGCUUCGGAACUCAGGUUCUGUGGCUGUUUUCCAACAACAUCACGUGGAUUGAGGCUGGGGCCUUCAGUGAGAUGAGGGACUUGGAGGAGUUGGACCUGGGGGACAACCCUAACCUCCACAGGCUGGAGGGAGGAGCCUUCCGUGGCCUUGAGAAGCUCCAGAGCCUCCACAUGCACCGCUGCCGGCUCACUGCCCUGCCCCAUGACAUCUUCCACAAACUCUACAGCCUGCAGUUCCUCUACCUGCAGGAAAAUAAUCUCCACUUCCUGCAGGACGACAUCUUUUCUGAUCUCAUCAACCUGAGCCAGCUAUUCCUGCAUGGCAACCGAAUCCGCACCAUCUCAGAGAAUGUGUUUCGUGGGCUGGUUAAUCUUGACCGCCUUCUCCUUCAUGACAACCGCAUCAGGCAGGUGAACCGUCGCGCCUUCCGUGAUCUUGGCCGCCUGACCAUGCUCUUCCUCUUCAACAACUCCCUGGCUGAGCUCCCCAGCCAGGCCCUGAGGGACACCCAGGGCAUUGAGUUCCUCCGACUCAAUGCCAAUCCCUGGUCCUGCGGCUGUGAGGCCCGUGCCCUUUGGGAGUGGUUCCGUGAGGCCCGUGUCUCUUCAUCAGAAGUGAUCUGUGCUUCUCCCUCCACCCGCCGUGGCCAGGACCUUCGCUUCCUUCGUGAGAUGGACUUCGCUCUCUGCCCCCUGCCCGACCCUGGCUCCAUCGCCGGCUCCACCACCACCACCUUCAGCACCAAGACCCGCUGGUGGUUCCACAAGAACAGGCCCCAGUCAUCCACAAAAGGUAUAUUUGAGAAGGCUUCAGAGACUGUCAAGGCUGGUUUACAUGGGAAAGGCCCAUCCACAACCACCUCAGUAGUCAAGUACGAGCUGGGCGAGGAAGAACUUGCACUACCUAAACUUGACCCAGAAGAAUAUUGGGCAAAUUAUGGCAAUGAGGACUCAGGUGUCACCCUGCGAUGCUUCGAGCUUGAAUGUCCACCUGAGUUUGACCUGCCUCCAUCUUCUUCCUCUCCCUCCCCCUUCCCACCCUCUUUCUCACUACUAGCCCUUUCUGUUUUCACUCUCUGCCUCAACCUCCAACUGCUUGUCGGCUGAAUCAGACUCUUAGUACCACACCCUGUCCCUUCUAGCCUGUUUUAAAGGCUGUGAGGACCCCUGUUAGACUUUUUACACCCCUUUUGCCUGUUUUGCUGUAAGCCAAUUCUCAAGGCACAGCGAAGGAGAUGAGGGGAUGGUUAGGUUCUAAAUCUACCACCUGCAGGGCUUAACACUUUUCAGGGCUGGUAAGAUUUUUUUCAGCUAAGGUCAUAUAUUUACAAUACUCUGCAGGUAUGGCUUUCUGUGUCUUACCUGUAUGAAGUCAUGUUAUGAUUCCCUGCAAUCAGGGACACGAGGGCUGAGUCCAUCUCUAGUGCAAUUUGAUAGCAGUUGUGAAUAAUGUUGUCAAUUUUGUCACCUCAACUUAGUUAAAACUACCAGUGCUAUUAGUGCAUCCAUUUAAAUGGCUGCUACAUACUUUAAUUACUGUUAGAAUGAAUGCACAGUAAUGACAAUACUGUAACCACUUAAAGUGUCAUGUAAAUAGGUAUGUAUUCUGUGAGUGUUCAUCAAGUUCAUCUUUAUCCAGGAAAACUGUGAAGAACAGUGCUUCUAUAGGACAGAUCACAGUGAAGCCGAGUUAACUAUGUGUGAGAGAGAGAGGGGAGAAGAAAAUCUACUGUAAAAUUAUGGGGAAGGAGAGGGAGGGAUGAAGGGAAAUGAAUGAAGAAGGCUGUUAAGGAAAAUGAUAUGGAGAGGAGGGGAUGUCUAAAGAAACAGGAGUAAAAAGAAGAAGAGAAAAAGGAACAAGGGGGGGGGGCAAUGUUCAUGAAGCAAUAAGAAAAGUAGAAGUGAGAGUAGAGGGAAACACUAUGCGGGACAGUGCUGGCAGUAGAAGCAGCAACUAGCAGGAGAAAAGUGAUGAAUCCACUUGUCAGUAGUUGUUCCAUCCAUCAUGCCCUUCACCAUUUUCUGUAAAUAUGGUGUCGUUUGCGACAACCACAGGGAAUGAAUGCUUCCUGUCAGGAAGCCAUAGAUUUUGGUUUUUGGAUGUCUUUCUGUGACAUAUUGAUAUGUAUAAAUUAUAAAGAUUGUUGACUUGAAUGCAGAUGAAGAUCUUGAUAAAAUAUUACACUGAAUAUUUCCUGAA